AUGGGCUGCGCCCCCAGCAUACACGUCUCGCAGAGCGGCGUGAUUUACUGCCGGGACUCGGACGAGUCCAACUCCCCGCACCAGACCACCACCAUCUCGCAGGGCACAGCCACCUUGCACGGCCUCUUCAUCAAGACAGACGCGGCCGACUCCAUCCCCUCCGUUCUCGCCUACCAGAGCCGGCAGCAGCCACCGCCCUCCGCCGGCCCUCGCCGCAAAGAGCGCAGAGAGCCCGGCGCCUCCGCCCGGGCCAGGGCCCCCCGGUGCUGCGGCGUCGAGGCGGAGACCCAGACCAGCAGCGCCAGCGUCAAGCAGGCUUCAACUACAGAAGUACAAAUUGGGCCUAUGAGACUGACACAAGACCCAAUUCAGGUUUUGCUGAUCUUUGCCAAAGAAGACAACCAAAGUGAUGGUUUCUGGUGGGCUUGUGACAGAGCUGGAUACAAGUGCAAUAUUGCCCGAACUCCAGAGUCAGCACUUGAGUGCUUUCUUGAUAAACAACAGGAAAUAAUUGUUAUCGAUCACAGGAAUUGCAGAUAUUUUGAUGCAGAAGACAUCUGCAGGUCUAUUCGUGCCACAAAACCAUCAGAGCACACUGUAAUACUUGCUGUUGUUCCACACACAUCCGCUGACCAAGAAGAGACUUCUGUUCUCCCCCUUCUUAAUGCAGGCUUUAAUAGGCAAUUCAUGGAAAAUAGCAGCAUAACUGCUUGUUACAAUGAACUGGUUCAAAUAGAACACGGGGAGGUGCGGUCUCAGUUCAAAUUACGGGCUUGUAAUGCAGUGUUUACAGCAUUAGACCAUUGUCAGGAAGCUGUAGAAAUAACCAGUGAAGAUCAUGUCAUUCAGUAUGUUAACCCAGCCUUUGAGCAGAUGAUGGGAUAUCGCAAGGGAGAGCUCAUUGGAAAGGAACUCACUGAACUACCAAAAAGUGAUAAAAACCAUGUGGAUCUUUUAGACACGAUCAACACAUUUAUUAAAAAAGGAAAGGAGUGGCAAGGAGUUUACUACGCAAGAAGAAAAUCAGGAGACAGUAUCCAGCAGCAUGUGAAGAUAACACCUGUGAUCGGUCAAGGAGGGAAAAUAAGACACUUUGUAUCCCUCAAAAGGCUGCACUGUACCAAUGAAAAGAACAAACAGCUCUACAAGAGUCGCUGUGAUGAGAAGUACACAGGAGAAAAUUUUCAGUCAGAAUCCCAUUCCUUCAAAUGCAAGAACAGAAGGAAAGACUCAACUGACAUUAAGUCAAUAACAUCUCAAAGUAGUGAUGCUCCAAGUUUACAGACUCGACGGUACUCUUCCAUGGCAAGGAUACAUUCAAUGACAAUAGAAGCUCCUAUCACAAAGGUUAUUAACAUAAUUAAUGCUGCCCAGGAAAACAGCCCCAUCACAGUAGCAGAGGCCUUGGACAGAGUUCUGGAAAUCCUGCGGACCACUGAACUUUACUCCCCUCAGCUAGGUACCAAAGUUGAAGAUCCUCACACAAGUGAUCUUGUUGGAGGUCUAAUGACUGAUGGCUUGAGAAGACUGUCAGGAAAUGAGUACGUGUUUUCUAAGAAUACGAACCUGAGCCAUAGUCACCUUUCAGUGCCAAACACCAUCAGUGAUGUUCCACCCUGUAUUGCACAGCUCCUGGAUAAUGAAGACAGCUGGGACUUCAAUGUUUUUGAGUUGGAGGCCGUUACAAAUAAAAGGCCAUUAGUCUAUUUGGGUUUAAAAGUUUUUGCCCGGUUUGGUGUCUCUGAGUUUUUAAACUGUUCAGAAGCAACACUGCGAGCAUGGCUGCAGUUGAUUGAAGCCAAUUACCACUCCUCCAACUCAUACCACAACUCUACACACGCAGCAGAUGUCCUGCAUGCUACUGCCUUCUUUCUUGGGAAAGAGAGAGUUAAGGGAAGUCUUGACCAUUUAGAUGAGGUGGCUGCAUUAAUAGCUGCCACCAUUCACGACGUAGACCACCCUGGACGGACCAACUCUUUCCUGUGCAAUGCAGGCAGUGAACUAGCUGUGCUCUACAAUGACACGGCUGUGUUAGAGAGCCACCACACAGCACUGGCCUUUCAGCUCACAACUAAAGACAGCAAAUGCAAUAUUUUCAAGAAUAUUGAUAGAAAUCACUACCGGACGCUGCGCCAGGCCAUUAUUGAUAUGGUUUUGGCAACUGAGAUGACGAAGCACUUCGAGCAUGUGAAUAAGUUUGUGAACAGCAUCAACAAGCCAAUGGCAUCUGAGGAGACCAGUUCACAUCGUGAUGGCAGCGACUGCCAAUGCACAGCCAACAUAAAGAACUUUCCAGAUAACCAGACAUUGAUCAAGCGCAUGAUGAUUAAAUGUGCAGACGUAGCAAAUCCGUGUCGCCCCCUGGAGCUGUGUAUCGAGUGGGCAGGGAGGAUUUCAGAGGAGUAUUUUGCACAGACUGAUGAAGAGAAGAGACAGGGUCUGCCUGUUGUAAUGCCAGUAUUCGACAGAAACACCUGCAGCAUCCCCAAGUCUCAAAUCUCCUUCAUUGAUUAUUUUGUAACAGAUAUGUUUGAUGCAUGGGAUGCAUUUGCACAUCUGCCUGUUUUGAUGCAGCACUUGGCUAACAACUAUAAACACUGGAAAACACUGGAUGAGUUGAAGUGCAAGAGUCUGAGGCUCCCAUCAGAAAACAACAACUGA